UUUUCAUUUUAUUUUCUCUUCAGGUUACGGGAUGAGAGAGAAGAGUUGAAAACUAAUGAACGAAAUCUCAGAUCUGAAAUAUCUAAACUGAGGGAGAGAAUAGCUGGGUUCACCCAGGGACAAGAUGAUAUUCUCCGAGCUAAGGAAGCACUGGACCUGGAGAGAGAAACCUUGAACAUGGACAAGAAGACACUCAGUAACCUACGCUCAGAACACAGCAGGCUCAAGGACGACUUUAGGUCCCUGUUUACUGCAAAUGAACGAAUGAAAACAGAGUAUUGUAAUCUUCAAACAGAUUACAAAACAUUAAAGACUGAGAACAAUCAGCUAAAGUUGAAGAAUACAAAGCUGGCCGGUCAACUGGGUGAUGGCAGGGAACAGAUGACAAUACUUGAUGUAGAGAACAGUAAAGUUAACAACAGAUGUGAGGUUUUGCAUCAACUAAAUCUGUCUCUAGAAGAAGAUAGAAAAUCUCUAAUGUCACAGGUUUCUCUACUACUGUAUCAGUAUCAUGAUCUUCUUACUCAAACACUUGACGACAAGGAGCAUUUUCACGAGGAGGAGAGAGAAUACAGUGAUAAAAUGAAUAAUCUCAGGAGACAGAAGGAGAAACUGGAAGAGAAAAUUAUGGAACAGUAUAAGAAAAUGGAUAAUACAACGCCAAAGAAAAAAGGUAUUGGGUUGACCCUGGUGAAACGAAUGAAGAAAGCUGGGAGUAAUAUGUUCUUGAAUUCUCCUGGGCGGAAUAGAAGGAUAGAAGAAGAUACUAGUUCUCUAGGGAGUGGAGGAAAUGAGAGUAUUGAUAGUGAGGGCAGGUCACCUUCUGAAGCUAUGCUGACGUCAGGGGGGGAUCUACAUUCAGGGGACAAACUUCUCUUCAGGCGAAGUUUGCCUGCCAGUAUGAUGGGUAUAGGGUUGGAUGAGGAGGAGGAGAAGGAAGAGGAAGAUAAUCAAUCAAUAGUUUCAUAUUUCUCCGGUCUUGGAUACGAUCAAGAUCAUAUACCUACAAGGGAUACAGGAUUAGAUCGAGACUUGUUUAGAGACAAUAGAGAGUACGAUUAUCCUGAGUUCAAUACCAAAGACGAUGCAAGCUCAGUUCUGGGACUGAGUACAAGGGACGCAUUGACCCCGUCAAGGGAUCUCUUGACCUCUUCUAGGGAUCUCUCUUCAACCCCGACUUCAGUAAGAAAGUCCAGUGAAACCCAACCAAGAUCUAUUAGCCGAGUAUACCUAUCGGCCGGAAAUGACGUCAUCGGCGGCCGAGGAUCCCGAGCUGGCGAAGAACCUCGGCUCACGUCCUGGAAAAAAACCGGCGAUACCGAUCUUUCCCUUCCUCCUCUACCAGCCAGGCGUCCGCAGACACCUCCUCCCAGCAGACCGCCGAAACCUAGAGGUUCAAACCCACCAACUGACGACGAAGAAAGUAAAAAAGACUCCGCAUCUGAAAGUUCAGUUUGGUAUGAAUAUGGAUGCGUUUAGGCUUCCAGUUGCCUUAUUUCGGUUAAAUAUAAAUGUUUUAAUGGGUCAUUUCAAGAUACAGUCCAUUUACCAAACUUAGAAGUGCUUUUAUUUAUAAAAGGC